GUGAAAUGAAAUAAUUCACCCCUUUGACACGAUCAUGAACCUCUAAGCGUUUUAAGCGAAUUUAUUAAAAGAAAGCAGAGAAGAAUAUUAUGUGAUUUUAUUAGCAAACCUAUCUAUUUUAUAAGAAUAAAAAUAUUCUCUACAAAUAUGUUAACUUCAUUCGUGAAACUGAGACGUCGUCGUAGAAGAGCCUCGAGGCGAGUUUCUUUCAAAUCAAUUGAAAUUAAAGAAAAGAUUUCAGAAAAAUAUGGAAGUGAUACACAACAGAACCAAGAAGAAUACCUGAGGAACAAGAAUAUAUCGAUAAUGACGGAUGACGAGCCCGAUCUUUUCGUGUCAAAACCUUUCGUUGGAACGAGACCAAGUAACAAGACGAGUUUGAACGAAUACGUGAUUGUGAAUGCUGAAGAAAAAUUCCUCAGAGCGAAGAGUGGCGAGAUACUUGUGAAGAGCAAUGAUGCAUCGGAAAAAAUUAUGGACGAUUAUGUGAUCGUGGGUACUGAAGAAAUGCCUGUGACACCUAUCGCGAGUGAUAACAGUGAUUCAGAAAGUGUGAAGAGCAUGGAACAGCCGUUGAAGAAUUUUAGUCUGAUGUGUAACCACACUUGGUACCCGCAGUUCAAACGAUACGUUUUAAAAAAUCUGCGUAACAAGAUUUAUCCUUUCGUGGUGACGGGGAAGGAGAGCCGAGAAAUGGCACACUUCGAAAAGCUGGACGAGCAGCACCCUUAUUAUGCGAUCGCAGCUGCCCGAAUGUGGCAAAAACCGGAAACGAAACCGGUGACAACAGCGAGAUUUUAUUGGAAAUUUGCUGCGUUCAACUUUAUUUCUGAAAGGAUACAAGAGUCAGAUGGAGGUUUCUUCGAGAAUCUUGGAACGUUAUUGGCGGAGAGAGUUCGAGCACAGGUGCAAGCGGAAGGGCCGCUUCCAAAGAAGAAGGACGAGGUCCAGGAAGAGGAUGAGGAGGAGGAGGAGGAGGAAGUGAGCGAGGAAGGCAGUAUGGAGGAGCCUGUCGAGGCAUUGUUGGAGACCGACAGUGACAGGGAUGAGAACGAGCAUGCUACGAUUUUCUUGGCCGAAUCUAUGGGAUGGAACAUCGAAGAGCUCUAUGCUGCCCUAGUUUUUAUGACCCAGCAUCAAAUAGGCUACGACGUAUCCAACGAGUGUAAACUGGAAACUCUCCUGAACCAUCUUCAAAAUGCGUUCAAAGUCGACAAUGAUGUGCACGAGAGAGUUCUGGACGAGACUAAAAACAUGGAGCCACCGGAAAUGCACUUGUGCGUCGAAGUGAUCGAAGCCAAAGAACUCGUGUCCAAAGACGCCAAUGGCAAAAGCGACCCUUUCUGCGCCCUUUACCUAGAAUCAGCCCCCACGAGGAGGUACAACACUGCCGUAAAAACGUCCACGCUCAGCCCUGUUUGGGAGGAACACUUCGAACUUCCCCUGGAGGAUCCAGAGAAUGACGUACUAUUUCUAGAAGUAUGGGAUUUUGACGCUGCUGAAACAGUUCCUGAAAAAAUGAGUAAAGUGAAAGAUGUAAAGGGUGUUAGAGGGUUGGUAAAAUUAGCGAAGGAAAUCGCAGUCACAGCCACGACUGGCAGCCACGAUAACGAAUUCAUCGGCCGCUGUAGAAUACCUCUUAAAGAUAUACCGACGACAGGCCACACAAUGUGGUAUUCCCUCGAGAAGAAAAACAAACCAAAGAGACGCGGUGUGGUGAAACUGAGGUUGGCCUUCAGUGCGGAGCACAAUGCAUUGGUGGCCGCUCAAGAGCACAGACACUUGAUCAGAGUGCUAUUGUUGUACGAAUUAGAGACGGAGAAAAUAGAGAAAUACUGUUGGAGUGGGCGAUGGUCGGCACCUGCGGAAGUUCUUCUCCUUCAGCACAGCGCGCAACGCGGUUUGCUGGCUAGAAACGUGACGCUUGCUCAAUGGAUAGAAUACGCGAGGAUUCAUCAGGAGCAUCCCCUGAACUUCACCGUGUUCAAUAAAUUGGUGGUCGAUCUAUUGAGGCCUAUGGAGAACGGCCUCUUCUCCCCAGAUGAAACCAGAUUGUUUUGGGACGCUACGAAAAAAUUGUUGUACUCUUGUCUUAACAGUAUUCGCAAGAUCAGGAGGUUCACAGUUGGUGAUAAGAAUGCUAUGACACAAUUGUCCGCCAUUUUGGGAAUAGUUUCAUCCCUUUCAUCCCUUAAAGUUCCUGAGGACGUGAAUCUGUUUCCUGGAAAGAUGUACCAUUGGUUCCCAGACCCUGAUGAGAAAUUAAGUAUCGUUCAAGCUUUGGAUUACACGGUUGAACAGGGUGGUAUUGAAUGGUUCGAGCACAUAUUGAAUAAUAAUUAUCCAGAAAGUGAAUCGGACGAGGAUUCGUUAAAGUAUCGUAUCAAAGUGAUUCAACUCGUCAGGGCAGAUUUACAAAAUGCUAUCGAUAAUUACGAUAAAUUGUUUAUCAAACGAAUCAAUUUCCCCUAUGCCAGGUGUUUGUACGUGAUGUACGAAAAGAGGAUCAGCGGUUUGUGCAGGAUUAUCGUGCAAGAUGUUUGUAGUAGAAUGAAGAGGAUAGAACUUGAAAACACUGAUGUCGAAUUGAAUUUGGGAACGACAUUGUUCGAAUUGUAUCUCACGUUGCAGAGAUUCGCUAUGCUUGGACAAGUGUUGUGCGCUGAAGGACAGUUAGAAAGAAUGGAAGUGCAAAAUUAUCACGACUGGUUCAGGGCUGGCGUGGCACACUGGCUCGACAUAGCUGUGUACAAAGCUUUGAAACGAAUUGAUAGAGCCGUCGAGUUCGACACCCUCCAAGCAGUUGACAACACCGUCCAAUACAGCUCGAGUGCUGUGGACACUUUAACGAUAUUCUAUCAAAUCAAAGUUUUCUGGACGCAGCUUGCGUGGCCGGACAUGGAAGGCUCCUACACUUUCGUAGCUAAAAUUAUCGACGACAUCUGCAAAUGUUCAAUAGCGUAUGCAGACAAAAUGGCGAAGAAGGCAGAACUGACCACGGAAUUGGAACAAUUGUCGGAGGGCAGCGUAUACGAGAAGAAAUUUUACGUGUCGACAGCGUGGUGUUUCGCGAUAAACAAUAUUGAUUACAUCAAAACAUCGAUCGGGCCACUGGCCCACGAUCUAGGAUUCCAGAGUAUCGUGGACGCGUUCGCAGAGAAGAAGACCCAACAAGAGGCGGACAGGUGUCAACAGACCCUCCAAUUGAUCAUUGACAACGCGACCGAUACUGUUAAGAAUAAAAUUAUAGAAUUAUUACAGGUUGUCGCCAAUAAAAUGUCUCCUGCCAUGAACAGGUUUCUCAUGGAGGGUGCAGAGUUGAUAGACACGACCAGCAAUUCCAUGGAUCGGCUUUUACAAUAUUUAGACACGAAUCUAACAACGUUGCACGACAAUCUCAACGAGGACAAUUUCGAGAGAAUCUUGUUCGUUAUUUGGGACAUAUUAUCAGAAAGUUUGUACCAAUUAGUGCAUAAUAAUUUGGAGAAAAGGAGACCACCAUCGUUCUAUUCGAACCUUCAUCGCACAUUGCACACUCUUAUUCGAUACUUUAAUAUCGGAGCUGACGAGGCAGCAAAUGUUAAGGUGUUGGAGAAGAUUGAGCACCUUUUGGAGCUUCAUGGCCUCGAGACAGCCGAGUUGAUACAUCGUUAUCACCAGGAGCGAAUAAAAGAGCAAAAUGACUUGGAAGAAUCCGAAUACGGGCAGAUCACAGUGAAGGCGCAGUUCGUGGAUAACUCGUUGAAUAUUCAAAUCUUAAACGCGAGGAAACUUCGACCUGUUGAUAGUAAUGGCGAUUUGGUAGGCAAGGUGUCUACUCUCAAACGCAAGCUUCAUACAAAAUCUAAACAAAGACAGAAAGAAUGGAAGACAAGUAGUUGCGAUUCGUACGUGAAAGUGAGACUUCUUCCGGAGGAAAAAUUCACCGACGUGAAAUUACCUAAAACUCAUGUGCAAAAGGAGAAUUUGUACCCCCUCUACGAUGAAAUUUUCAACAUUCCCCUGACUAGCGAGCAAAGAGCUACAGAAAACGCGAUCGUAGCGUUCGAACUGAAAGACAAGGACUUUUUAAGAUCGAGAUUCAUGGCGGAAGCUUUCCUUCCUUUCAGUGAAAUUCCUGAAACGGGACCAGAUCGAGGGAUCGAGUCUCUCGAACAAAUUCACUUGAAACUUUCGCGUCCUAUAAGGAAAAGUACAGACAUAAUCCAAGCGUUAGAACACAGAAAAGGGGACAAUCAAGCGAUAGAGUUUUUAUCGAAACUCAGCUCCAAAGCUGAACGAAAAUGAUCGUUAUCAUUCGUGAAAAAAACGACUGAAAUUAUUCGUUACGCAAUAAAAUUCGUGAGCAACGAAUCACUAUGAAUUUUCAAAAUAAUCAAAUUGUUAAAAUGAAUCUUUCGCGCGAUUUUUAAUACGAUAUAUAAUUAUUUUUCGUAAAUCAUUAAAUUGUUGUUUAAUUAAUUAAUCAUCCGCGCUUACUAAAAUAUCAUCAAAGCUAUACUAAAAUAUUAUUUGGGUAAAGUUACUCAAAAAUGUUUUCACAUUAAUAAUUUAUAAAUUGUACGAUAUGUAAUACGAUAUUUUUUUGUUAAUAUUUGAAAAAUCGAAAUGCUGUUCACUUUCCCACGUUAAAUAAACAAGCUUGCCCAAAGAAAAUAAUGCAAGAAAAACAUCGUUGAAUAAUAGACUAUUUUUAUAAAAUUUUUACAAAUCAUUUUCAAGACUAAAUCCUAUUUCUAGACUGUGUACGCUUCGAGUGCCUAAUAUCAAAUAUAUUUCUUUGAAUGAAACACGAAACGUCGCAUUUCAAAACUAGAAAAAACUUUAAGGCUGAGUAAGUACUAUUUAUAAGCAAUAUGCGAAUUUAAUUGUUAUAUCGAUACACACAUCGUUGCAAUAAAUAAAAAUGAAUUGAAGGAUUCAUAUAAAAACUAGCCUUGACGAUUUUUCUAACAAAAAAAAAAGAGAAAGAGAGAAAUAUAUUUAAGAAACAUUAAUCAAUUAUUUAAGGCAGAUCUGUAAUUAAACAAAAAUCGUUUUUGUAAUGAAUCCUUCAAUAUUUUAAGUAAAAAGUUUCUAAUAAGAAAAAUCAAAAUAAAUUUUGUAAUAUACGUGUACAUAGAAACUCAGCUAUGCAUGUAAGACGUAUACGUUUUUUGUAUGUGAAAGAGUAUGUUUUAUCUAGUGUUAUUGCAUUAUUGUUGAAUCACUUAAUUCGUAAAUAAAAUCGUCGAGAAAUCUGUUAUCGAAGAUCGUGAAGACUAUUUUAUCCAUUGAAUAUUUUUUCACGAUAUUAAUAUAUCAUGAAAUUUUGCAAAAUAUUGAAUAAAAUAAUUUUAAAACAAAAAAAUAUUUCAUUUAUAAAGAAUAAUCAAUAGACUGCGAAUUUUUAUGCAACAUAUUAUGCAUCGAGAAAAAUAAUAUAAUAUCGAAGAAUACAAUAAUUUGUUGUCGUUGGAUUACAUAAAAAUCCCAUAAUCUAAUAAUCAUUCAAAUAUUUGUACUUGAAGAAAUUCAAAGUUAUAAAUUGAAUAAUGAAUAAAUUAUUAAAAGAUAUUAAUAAAAA